AUGACCGACGAGUUUCCUGGUACAUCUACAGCGUGUACAAGGUAGGGUGACUUUAAUAAUCACGUUUCCGUUUAGUGAUAACAGUUUUUUGCUGGAGUCGGAUUUAAUUGAUAUAAGCCAUGCCUCCACGUUAAAAUGUAGCCAAAAGAAUUUAUUAUUAAAUAUAUCAGUAACUGAAGUGGACCGGUUAAGUCCGAACAUUGAAAAAGGUAUGUGUAAAUGUGAAUUAGUAUUUAGUUGUUUAGUCGGCGAUUUAAGCACAAAGAAAAGAAAGCGAAGGAUAUACGAGGGACCCAGGAGGAAAAGAGGGAGGCCCAGGAAAUAUCAAGAUGGGAAACCUCGCUGCGUUGUUAGACCUAUCAGAAGGGAGGUGGGGAUGGAUACAGUCCAUCCGAAAGCUUGUGGUUGGGGUGCUUGUGAACACAUAGCUCAAUCCAUACGAGAAUUGAAACAGCAUGUAGAUCAAGUCCAUCUUCCUCGUUUGAUUACUUACAAGUGUGAAUGGAGUAAUUGUCUGCGAAGAGAACCCUUUAAAGCUAUGUAUAUGCUAUCCUUGCAUCUGCGACGUCAUACUGGUGAACGGCCACAUGUUUGUACAUUUCCCUUUUGUUCUCGGUCUUAUUCGAGGUUGGAGAAUCUGAGAACUCAUCUGAGACAGCAUAAUGGAGAGAAGCCGUAUCCAUGCAUGAUGCCGGGUUGUGAAAAGACUUUCAGUAAUGCCUCUGAUCGAACGAAGCAUCAGAAAAGGACUCAUUCGGCUGAGGUGAGUGUGAAAAGCGAAGAUUUUUUGAUUAUACAAAUUUUCUUGUGAUUCAUGCUUUAAAUUAUGUCGUUUAUAUAAUCUUUCGUUUUUAGAAGCAAUACCCGUGUACGGUUACGGAUUGUGGGAAGAAAUAUACAGACCCGUCUUCUUUACGGAAACAUAUCAUAAAGAAUCAUGGAGAAGCUGUUUACAACCUUCUCAAGUUGAUUAAAGUCAUGCCGACCGCUGAGUCCGGCAGGGUUGAGGAGUCCUCGGAAGAGCCGGUAGCGAGUUCUCAAAACCCAUGA